UCCGCUGCUGCCCGGAGGAGCCACCUAAGGAGCCACUUGAUCCACAGCUCUCCCUUGCCCUGCCAUGGCCAGCUUUGGGCCAGGCCUCCUGUUGCUGCUGCUGCUGCUGAUCACCCACCCUGGACCCUUGAAGGCUCAGCACUGGUCCCAUGGCUGGUAUCCUGGAGGAAAGCGAGCCUCCAGCUCACCCCAGGACCCCCAGCAUGCUCCCAGGCCCCCAGGAAAGGUUCUGGGCACUGCAGCAGGCAGCCCAGGCCAAAAUGCCCAUGGCCUCCCAAGUGUCCCCUGGGAGGGCAAGACCAUGGCCCGGUGGCUCCUCCGCAGGAAGCAGCUCCUGGUGCAGACACUGCUGACCGGACCCCAAGCACCACGCCCCGCUACCUUCCAAUAAAGGUGUGAGGUCCCCGAAGGUGUCCUCUCCUUUAUCCCUGCUCUCUCCCACCCCCAGUACGAUCCUUCCUCGCAUGGGGGCUGGAGGGAAGCGGGCCCCACGGGGAGGACG